AUGGACUCUAAGGAGGAAAUGCGUCUCGACCUGGAGGAGCUGGCUUCAUUUCUCAAGACUUCAAAGCGAGCUUCAGUCAGCCGAUUGCUGAGCGAGCAGUGCCAAAGGCUUAGGGAUCAGAUUCAAGAGAUAGAGCGGAUACAGGAAAGCGCUGCACAGGCUCCUUUAUCUGUAGAGGUCUUCAAUACCAUCGACAGAUUUGCAUGGGACCAAACCCCUCAGUUCGUCAAGGUGUAUGUGGAGCUGGAGGGCCUGGCGUCCGUUCGCCCUGAAGAAGCAUCUGCUCACUUCGAAGAGCACAGUGCAGAAUUCGUUGUGCGGAAUUUAAAGCAGAAGAAUUACUCUUUAAAGUUCCAGCCGCUACACGCUCCUAUCGAUGUGAAGAAAUCAAAUUUUUCAAUUAAACGCAACACCGCGACUCUGCGUUUAGCUAAGCUCCGCCCCGGCGAGCACUGGGAGUCGAUCGCCAAAAUAGCUCAUCAAAACGUGAUUCCAAAGCCAGACCUCUCAUCAGACCCUUCGCAGUCCAUAAUGAGCAUGAUGAAGAGCCUCUACGAUCAGGGUGACAGCGAAAUGAAGAGAACAAUUGCCAAGGCAUGGACCGAGUCCCAAGAAAGAAAGGUGAAGGGGUCGUUCGCCGAUGACGGGAUAUUCUAA